ACAACAGAACAUGCAGGGACAUACAGAUGCUAUGGUUUUAAUGAUCAUUACCCUAUUAAAAUUUCAGCCAACAGUGACCCUGUGAAGAUCAUAAUUUCAGGAAUCUACAGGAAGCCUUUCCUCUUGGCCUUACAACCUCCCCUGGUGAAUUUAGGAGAGAAGGUGACACUGGAGUGUCGAUCAGAGAUUAUGUUUGACACCUUCAUUUUGACUUCACAUAAAAAUGGAACAAUCAAAGAAUCUUUCAAGCUUUCUGCAGAACAUUAUCAUGGGGUUUCCCAAGCCAACUUCUCAAUAGGUCCUGUGACACCUGAUGAUGCUGGGACAUACACAUGCUAUGGUUCUUACAAUCACACACCAUAUGAGUGGUCUGAAUCUGAUGACCCCAUUGACAUAAAGAUCACAGGUUUAUACAAGAAACCUUUUCUGUCAGCCCUGAUGGGUCCUGUGGUGAUGUCAGGAGAAAACAUGACCUUGACCUGUUUCUCUGACCUUCAGUUUGACAUGUUCCAUUUGUCCAGGACAGGGGUACCCAAGCUACAUGGGCUGCCUUCAGUGCAGAACCACAGUGGGACCUUCCAGGCCAGCUUCCAUCUUGGUCCUGUGGUCCAGGCAGGAAACUAUAGAUGCUAUGGCUCUUUCAGGAACUCUUCCCAUCUGUGGUCAACCCCAAGUGACCCCUUGUACAUUCUAGUCACAGUUAACUCAACAAGAAACUGCACUUCUUGCACAGAAGCAGACUUCACAACCAAUAACCUCAGGAACCUGCAUAUUUUGAUUGGACUCUCAGUUACCAUGAUCCUUGCCUUCCUCAUCAUCCUGCUUUAUUCUUGGUGCUCUGCCAAAAAGAGUAAGUCUCUGGACCAAGCCAGUGAAUGUCAUCUGAGUAGUGUGAGAAAACAAGACCAGAGAAGUAGAGCCAUCAUGGAUCAAUGCUCUGAAGUGAGAGCAACACUGAACAGACAGGACCCUGAAAGAGAAGAAGUGCAGGAGGUGACAUACUUAAAAUUUGAUCAGAUGAUCUUCAAACAAAAAUUGACCACUCCCAAUUCCCAGAUUCCCAAGGAAUUUUCCACAGAUCCCAGUGUGUACAUGGAAGUCAGGAAAUGUUACGCUGAGAUGAAAGAUCUUCUUCAUCCCAUGAGUUCUCAAAGAAAGAUCUGAGGAAGUCUUCUGUGGAGACCACAGUCCUAUCUCCAGUAAAGACUAGUACAUACAGUGAAACAACAGCUGGAAUGUGAAGACAGAGGUCUCUAACUUUGGGACCAUGCUUCAUUAUUGUAAUAUGGUUCUGAACGUGGCUUUCCUUUACUUACAAAGGUUAUAGUCCUCACUACCCACUCAACAGAAAUGAAAAUCUUUUGCUUA